AACACAUUGUAGAGUGGAGGGUCGUUCAUCGGUGAGCUGCCCCCACCCCAUUUAUUCAAUCAUAACUGUUUACUAAAUAAAGUGGACGAAUGAACCAGGAAUGUACGGUAAGCCACGCUACCAACUUAUGCCAUUUGUCGUGUUUGUAGGACUUACAAUAUAUGAUGACGUUUAGCAGGAACCAUGAAAUUUCAUUUAAUUCCAGGCGUCAAUAUCGUUUUCUGAGACGUAGAUGAUGCUGACCGAAGUCGCGGAGCCCACGAAUUCUAAGUCAGGAGCGCACGUCGAUGACGGUUUCGCAUUGCGAGCAGAGGUGACUUAAGCAAAUGGAGUAGUUUUAGAUAAUAUGGUUGGGUACAAAAGCCUGUCACGUUGGCUUUCAUCCUCAACGACUACUCCGAGUGUAAGAGAGCAGGAUGGCCACGGCUGUUGGGUUUUAUUGAUUACAGACAAUGAUCGAAAGUCGAGACGAUCGGAUAAAUCAAAGAUGUAUAAUCUUUUGGAAUUUGAAAAGCAUUGUAAAGCCCAAUCACAUUACACAAUUAGGAUCUCACCUUCGCUUAGAUGAGAUCUUACCUGUUUUGCAUCCGUCACGACUUUUUAGAUGGCAUUGCAGACUUUGUGAUGUUACGCCAUUGCCGAUCGGUAAGAAUUGUAAUAGUUGCUUAAGAUAUCUUAUCGCAAGCGUUCGGAAGCCAGUAGGUUAUAUCCUUGCGCUCACAUUUCGUCCACAUCGGUGCGAAGAGUGGAUAUGUACUAUUUCUCAAUGCAUGAUAGCGCUUUCAAAGCUUCUACAAAUUCACGUUGUACUUCUAAAUGUUGGCUGAGACUCUGACUAACUCGUGUUUUGCGGCGAAUAUUUGGUAGACAUUCACCGACCUUGACAAAAUUAAGACAAAAAAGACAAUUUUGGCAUGUACUUGACAAAAAAUUACUUCUUAAGUCCUUGGUCAACUUACACUUUGAUAACCCCACUUGCUUCAGUGCGUCACCAGCAUUUAGCGACGCGCUUUUCGAAUGAUCUUUACAAAUCUUGCGUUUUCGUCACCAUCGCCUAAGCUGUGAUGGGGACGACGUACAACUUACUAGAAAAGAGACAUUAGCAGCUUCUCUAUCACUGUUCGUCGCAUAUCUCGCAAUACUGGAAAAUGGCGAUCUUCA